GUCCCAACCGAUAAGUCGCCUGUGGAAAUGCAGGAGGACUGCGGAGUUGAGCUGUCAGUUUUCUUUGUUGCUCGCGGGAGCCUCCUGUUUUGGGUUGAUAAACGGAGAGCAAGUUCAACUGACAAGCCGAGAUGGUUAGUUUGUGUCUUUUGAGUUGUGUCUUCCAACCAAGUCCGUCUGUUCUCUUUCCCUUCUUCCUUUCCCACCAAGUCAGUCUCCAUCUCAACCGCUGCUACAUACACGAUGCCGGCUAGAAACAGAAUGCGGCAUAGGCAGCCCCGUCCUCCCGACUCCGACUCCGAACCCGACCGGUAUUCUUCCAACAGACGUGUCCCCAAUACCCCCAAGUCCAGCAUCCCCUUAGAAACCCCCACCAUCUGGAGACCCCACCAUCCCCUGUUGAUCAUCCUCGCCAUCCUCGCCAUCUUCACAAUCCUCACUCUCAGCAUCACCAUCUUCACCAGCGACAGCAGCAGCAGCAGAGCGGCAGCCAUCAACAGCAAGCAGCAGCAGCAAUCAACACCAACCCCCCAUCUCUCACAGGCCAGCAGCCCCGAGCUGGCGCCUGACCCGCUCGAGAUCCUCGGGCUGGACGACGACGAAGCCCUGUUCGGGAAGAGAGGCGGUACGUCGGCCCGCGACGCCGUCAUGCGCGCCUACGAGGCGGCGUCGCGGCCGUACUGGAACAGGGCACAGAUGUGGCAGGCGUGGCUGUCCGCCGACGCGAUCGGGGUCGGGGUGGAGGUGGAUGUUGGGGGGGUUGUUGGGACGAUUGGGGAUGCGGGGUGGGAUCAGAAACACGGCAAGCAAGAUAAGGAGGAGAGGUUGUGGGCAUUGCCGAAUGACAGGGCGGGAAGGUUGGCUUUCCUGGCGGCGCUGAUCAAGUCUGCGGCUAUGCUGCGGGAUGACGAGGCGAGGGAGCUGUAUCUGGUGGAGUUUGUGCCGGCUAUGGAUGAGGCGGCUCGCAGGGCUGCGGGGUCGGCGUCGCCGCUGAGGUUGCUUAAUGUUAUGAGGCAUGCGAAUCCGUCUGACGAGGUGCGCCGGGCGCGGAGGGCGAGGGCGGCUGUUGCGAAGGAGAUGUGUUGGGGCGUGUGGGUUUCGCUGUUCGCGGGGCUCGAGGUUGAGGACGGAGACGAGACGUAG